AAAAUGUCAACUAAAUAACCAAUGGACGUGGUAACCACUUAUUAAAUUUCAUUUCAAAGAAAAAUAUAUAGUUGUCAAGUCACAUACACAAAGAGACACCUUUGCUUAAUGUUGAACUUCCCUUAGCUUCUAAAUAAAGAAGAAGGUGUUUAAUUUCUUCAAAUCAAAAUUGGUUUAAUUCCAAACAAAUGGGUUGGCAGAAAAAAUCCAAAGAGUUAAUCUUCAACCAUGUUGCUACCUACACCCCCAAAAAGAUCUUCCACCUCCUCACCAUCACAAUCCUUACCCUUCUCCUCCCUCUCUCUUUUCUUCUCUUAUCUAGUCUCUCUGGUGCUCAAUUCUACUCUCAAAUCCAUUCACAACAACCUUUUUCCUAUCUUUUCUAUUUUGCUAUUCACACCACCCCAUGUAUUCUCUAUGUUCUUGUUUCCAUUGUAAGUGUAGCUACUCUAAUCCAUGGCUUAUUGGGAAAAAUCACCCUUUUAAAUGAGUCAUCCAAUUCUGUUCUCAAACUUCAUCUUUACAUAGCAUGGAUUCUCCUUUGCACUUUUCAAGUUUGUGUUGCUUUAGGAAUUGAAGGAAGCAUUGCAGCUGGAGUUUUUUAUUCUGAUAUCGAUGUUGUCGAUGAAAACGAUGAUGGUUCUAGUUUUGGUGUUAAGAGAAGCUUCUUAAGCAGAAUGAUUUUUCUGUUGGGUUUGCACGAAACAACACAAAUUUGGUGUAGAAUUGUUGUAAGACCAGUGGUGGAUGACACUGUUUUUGGGGUUGGAAAAAGAGAAAGGUGGAUUGAGAAAGUUGUCGUGGCUAUUAGUUUAGGAACUUUGUGGUGGUGGAAAUUGAGAGAAGAAGUUGAAAAUUUGGCUGUUAUGGCUGAAACAAAGAUAGAAGAAUCAAUGGAUGUUGGAAUAGAGGAAUUUGUUGGAUGGUGGUUGUAUUAUCUUACUGUUACAAUUGGAAUGGUGAGGAUUGUGAAAGGUGUUAUGUGGAUUUUCAUGGUUUCUACUUGCAGAAGAAGAGUAACAGAGAUUUCAGAGGUGGAAUCAGAGCCCAGUCACAAUUUUGACAAGGUGUAAAUUUGACAAGUUUUUGUGAAACAAAAAAAAAAAAGCCUUUAAUUGGUUUCUACUCUCCUUUUUUGUUAUUUUAAUUCUAUGAUCAGAGAUAUUGCAAUAUUGUAUAGUACAUUGGCAAAAAUGUAAUAAACAUAUAGACAAUAUUAUAUUGGUAACUUGUUAUUGAUGAACUUGUUGAUAAUCAAUUUUUUAAUACGGGUUGUUGA